AUGAACGGACACGGCGCCGGUGUCGGCGAGAGCUGCGACUCGAUCAUCGACGGUGCCUCGCCGCGGGAAUCUGUUGUGUCGCAAACCCGGCCCAACGGCCGCAAAGACAUCUGGAUGCUCAUGAAAGAGGCCAAGGAGCGAGAGAAGAAGAGCGAAAACUCGGAUGCCGGACUCGAGAGCACCCUCUUUGUGUGCGGCACCAAGAGGGCCGGCAAGACUUCUGUCAUCCUGCGGUUUCUGGAUCGCGAGGAGCCUCCGUUGCCGACCGUUGCGCUCGAAUACACCUUCGGCCGACGAACGCGGGGCGUCAAUUCGGUCAAGGAUAUCACGCACAUAUGGGAGCUCGCCGGGGGCACCUUCCUGAGCGACCUCGUCGAGAUCCCGGUGACGGAAAGCAACGUCCACACCAUCACAUUUGUAGUCGUGCUCGAUCUCUCGGAGCCCGCGAAUCUCUUGGCAACGUUGACGACCCUGUUUACCAAGAUUCGAAGUCGAGUCGACUCGAUUCUUGGCGGUCUUGAGGAACGCGGAUCCAAGCGACCCAAGGCACUCCGCAGCCAUGCGUGGAAAAAGUUUGGCGUCGACCAUCCGGACAAAGACGCUGUCAAUCCAAGCCCUGUCCCGAUCGUCAUCAUCGGCAACAAGUACGAUCUGUUCCGGGACACCGAGUCGGAGAUGCGCAAGCUCAUGUGCAAGACGCUGCGAUACAUGGCGCACAUGAACGGGGCCUCGCUGUGCCGCCAAAUCUUGCACCACCACGCCUUCCGCUCGACUCCUCUUCGAGGACUCAACGUCGACCAUAACAAGCCCAUCGCUGUCGUCGCUGGCGCCGACUCCUUCUCGCAGAUCGGUCUUCCGCCGUCGGAAAUGUCCAAGGACGUCGUUGGCCGCACCACCGUAGCGGCUCUGGACACAUGGAGAAAGGACUAUGAGCGCUAUUUUGGACCACCAGUCGAGGAGAACAACAACAACAGCAAGGACGCAGUCGAUUUGUCAAAGUAUCCAGAGGAGGCGGUUGACUCCAUGCGCCAGCAGAAAGAUGAGGAGCUCGAGAAACUGCGUCUGGCGAAUGACCGCAAGGCCAAGGAGCGGGAUUUGUUUGCCUUUCUCAGUGGCAACCCGAUGGCCAACACUGGCGACAAGAAGAAGCUGGGUUCCAACAAGUCAUACUCUCGCGCAAAGGCGGCCCAGAUGACGGCAUGA